AACGAAUCUGGUGAUAUUUUCCUCACUUUCAUAAUUUUACUUCAUCUUCAUUUGGAAGCAAAACCAACUUGAGUUCCAAGUUAAUUAUUUGCUUUCUUGUUGAGAUGUAUCAUAUAUCUGCACCUGGAUCCAUCUUGUGAUAAUUAACAACCACAUUGUCAAUUUCACCAUGUCCAAAAUGAGUCACAGAAAGGUUAAUUCCCAAGGAAGCAUAGCAUUUUCCUGGGAAGACAAGCCUGGGAUUGCCAAGGCCACCCAUCCUGACCUUCCCCUACAUGCCCUUAACCCAACAGUAACAACACAAUCAUUGCCACUCCCGCCUCCAUGCCCAUCAUUGCAGUCUCCAACUCCUAGCAGAAACACAUCGUUAAAAGGCCUGAGGUUGAGAAGAGAAGAUCCCUUUCUUGCAGCUUACAAGGAAUGCACCAAAACCGUUAGAAAUAUUGGUAAGUUGGCAAGUGAGAGUAAGAAAAAUGGUGGGUUGAAAGUAAGGAAGAUCAAGUUUAGUUUUUCAUGUAAGAAUUCCAGCGAGGUUGUAGAGGAUAAUUCGGUGAGGCUAUCUAAUCUUCCACCCCUUCCUAAAGGUAAAAUUCGAUCCAGUAGACAAGAUUUUAUUCAACCUCUUGAAGAUCUUGAAGCAUGGAAUUAUGGUCUUUUUUGAUCACAGCUUCCACAUAUGUAUCAUUAAAUUCUUUUAUCUUAA